AUGAUCAUCGUUAAUACAACACAAGAGGUACUUGAAAACAGUUACCGAGUACCGUCUGCAGUGAUGAGCACGGCCCUGACACCCGAUCCCCUGACCACGACUGACAACUCGGUGUCCUUUAACUGGAUAGCUGAUAGUACCAGGGACAGGUAUUACAUAUACUUGCACUUUGCAGAAGUAGUUGAAUUGCUGGUGACGCAGACAAGGCAAUUCAACAUUUAUAUCAAUGACAACCUAUUUUAUGGACCUAUGUAUCCCAUCUAUUUGUCGACGGCGACUGUGUACACAGUGUCCCCGAUUUAUGGUGCCGACCGGUACACUGUUGUGAUUAACAAAACUGCGACUUCUACUCUUCCCCCACUCCUCAAUGCUUUUGAAAUUUAUAAAGAGAUAUAG